AUGACGAAUCCGCAGCAUCAGUGCCAUGGGGUCCUUGCGCAGGCCAUUUGUGACGCUGACCCGGCUGCGCAAAUUUCGCCAGAACUAGUCCAUCAUUUGGCGACCAGAUUAGAACCGCUCUUCAACCAAAGGGUUGCUGUUUUCGGCCGGGAAAGCAGAGCUCAAGAAUUGGUGCCGCAGCUUGACGACUUGCUGAAUGUCGGAGCUAUCGUCGUAGAUCUGUCGGGUUUGGUCCAGAAACAACACAUUCCACUGAGAUGUCGGCGAUCCUCCUGUCCAGACUUUGGUGUGCUGCUGUGGUACAACUAUACCGUGCGGAGUGGGUGCCAUCAUUUUGCAGGAGAGCUACCUGAGUUGAACUGCUUCAUGUUGUCCGCCACCUUCGGCUUCAGUGUCCCCUGGUUGCAACAGUUUCACGUACGCAUGGUGAGGCAACAUGCGUCUUUCACAAGUGAAGCAGAUGUGCUCGGCGCGCAGGCAGCUUACAAUUCCCAGCUCCAUCUCUUACCAACAGCUCGAUUGCGGCUUCUCAUUAGCCAGGGGUGGUUUGCUUGGCGUCUCCUCACCCGGGUGCACCAAAGCAAUUUGGACCUAGCAUCUUUUGAUUUCUUGCGGCCCAUGGAGGACAUGAUUGGCUUAUUCUUGCCGCAGUUGCAAAGAGAAUUUGGCACGACUACCUUGGAGGAAGCCCAAAAAGCCACGAUGCGCUGUGACGUUGUUGUGCUCGAUGGCAAUGCAAAAAAUCGCCGAGCUGUUUGCGGAGCCUCAUUGGCCGGAGAAACUUUUUCCAAGGAAUUGCGCCGGGUGGUCCGCCACAACUGUGCCAAUACUCCCGCUUUUCGGAGAUGCUUCUGUCCCGCCCAUUGCAGUCAAGAUGAUCAAUUCCAGGAAGUGACCAUUCUUCAGCACAAGCUCAUCAAUGACGGACAGUGCUUGAUGGUCUUGCUGAAAGAGACUGUGGAGCCUCAAAGAGAAGCUUGGGUAUCCGAUUCUGCAGUUCCAGCGUCUGUCCUGUCCAACUAUUUGCAGCAAGUGGGCGAGGCGAAGUUGAAACCGAGCAAACACCCACGGCGAGAAGAGGAGGCAGACGGCAGAGGCGGCUCUUCCUCAUCGCUUGGACCUUCGAUGCUUGCGAGUUUAACGUUGCAAGAGAUUGGGCGCUCGUCCGACCCAACAGAUUUGCAGUGCGUGACUUGCUGCACACACAAGGAAGGCAGCGCUGCUCAAAGGCAGCUUGCCAAAUCUGCUGGAAUGUUGUGCGCGUGUUUGUCUGAGGGUUUGAUUUUGCACAUGCAAGAAAUCUACGGCUGUGAGUCGUUGAGCCAGAGAUACCUAUGUCUGGCGUCUGUGAAAGCCCUCUUGCCGUCCCUUCGCGUGGUGGUCCACGAUGAUGCUUGCCAUUUGCACAAGUACGCGGCUCGUCGCGCCCAGGAUUCAGAAGCUGCUGCCCAGAUAGCCCCGCCAGAGAUGAAGUACGUGUGCGACAAGUUCCACAUGGCUGGCCAUACCGAUGCUUGGUGUAAAGAGACGUUUCUGGGGCCCUUGUCUGGAGCCCACGAAGACAGACAGUACAUCCCUGCCAUGAUUUUGAUGUGGGAUGAAGUGGACAAGUGCUUCGACCCAAGCUACAUCCUUGGAGAAGCUGGGCACCGCUUCUGCCAAACAUACGCUGUUAGGGCAGCCCAUGCAGAACUUCCUUACGCCCUCCACUGCUUGUCGCUGAUGUGUGCUCUUGUGAACGGUGCCAAAGUGGCUGUCUUUGCUACCUCGCCAUCGCCUUUGACGUUGGUUGCAAUUAAUGUCAACUACGCCCAGACGAGAAAAUCAUCCUUGACAGGACAUGCAGAGGCUUGUGGGCAGGAGUUGGACGCAGUCAUCUUGACGAACGCGGAGUCCAAGCUGGCGACAUAUUGUGUGGAAGAAGGCGCUCCUGCGCCAGUGCAGCACAGGUUGAAGCCGAAGCUAUUCUCCGCAAUGGUUGCCCGCGCAACACCUGAGGAGUGGUUCCAUCGAUGCUCGGGCGAUUGGAACCAGGUCCGAAAUGCUGACAAGUUGCCCGGAGACUGGUCUGGCCGAUGCUGGUUUGGCUUGCUGGGGAAUUUUGAUGAGGCCUACGACUUCCUGCUCAGCUUGGGUCUCUUGUCCGAUGGGCCUGCAUCCAAGGAGAAAGCCAAGGCAAGGGUGAACCCGUACCAGAGUGCCUUCAACAAGCUCUUGCAGUUUGGAACCAGCGCUCGCGCCACGAAAACGAAUGGGAGCUAUGGAGAGAAGCUUGCUAGAACUGUUAGCGUGGGGAUCACUUGCAAUAUGCACCCUGCGCAAUACAUCCCUAUGGAAAGAGGUGAGGUUGGUUGCCACGCAGCUUCCACCAAAGAACGGUUUGUCAUCUCCACUGGCCGCCCUGUGCAGCCGCAUGAAGACAUGCCGGCAGAUUUCUGUUGCCCUCCAGGACAGGUGUUCUGCGCGAUGGGUGUUGUGUUAAAGCGUUUUAGAUUCUGUAAAAUCUGCUCACAUUCUUUGCUGGAUUUGCUUUGCGCAGGGGUUUCCCGGCACCGAUGGGUUCCUCUCACAGCCGAAAUUGCGGAACUGCUGGGCAUAGCCAAAGAGGCUGCUUCGCCAGAUGCUGCUGCUCAGGAGUGGAAAGACGUUGGCCUUGAAGAUGAAAAAGCAGUGCAGCUCACCCAGAAUGCAGCGGGCGACUAUGUCCCAUCAGAAGAUGGGUACCCUGUGAGGCUCUUGGAUGGCAAGAUGAGCCGCCUACGGUUCAAACGUUCUCCUGCGUCGACCUCUGGGUUUGAAGCUCAGUGGCGCGUUGCCAACCUUACUUUUAUAUAG